GUAUAGACCAACUCCAAAGCUAUAUGGGAAAGAUAGGGCUGGAAAAAAUAGCCAGAGCAGGAGGACUGUCUACAUCCAGCUUCUCCUCCGCUGUAUGUACCCGCCCUUAAGGCUCAAUGGUCUAGAGAAGGAAAAUGAAACACCUCACGUAGUGAUAAAACACACACGAGAGGACAAGAAUCAAGUGUUUACACACUAGCAGCGCAGUGUUACAACAGACACCCUGCCAAAGAGAGAUCAUUGCCUUCCUUACACCCGCGGGAUUCAUUGUCUCUUAGCCUGGGAACCUGUCUCCGUUCCCAAACAUGGAUAUUUUUUUUGGCAGCAAGAUGGAACAAACAGCACAAAGAGAACUAAGAAAAUCCUUUCAGUAGAGCUGUAGGCUUUUUUCUGUUCCCCUAAGGACGGGAAACCUUCUAAGGCUGGCUUACAACACACCCAAUCCUGCCACCUUUCUGGAAGGUGCUCAGUUCUCACUGGAAUUGGAAGGAAUUUGGGUGCUUACAGAACCCAGCCCUUGACCUCGGAAAAUUAAUCUCCUACCUUUAGCACCAAAAAUACCACAACAUUUUGAAAAUGAAAUCACUGUUAUAUUUGAGUGGGUGUGUUAUUUCGAGACAGCACUAACGUGAUUAUAAAAUCAGUUGUGUCAGCUUAUUGGCUCAGCUACAGGCUCUGAUCUGCUCGCGCGUCUGUUCCCCUCAGCGGCUGCUCGCGUUCGGGUGCUUUGUCCCUCCUCGGUUCUACACAGAAACGGGCGCAAUCUCAUUCCCAGUGUUGAACCCAAGAGAAAGAAACCACUCUCCUUGUAAGUACUUCACGCAACUCGGCAUUUCCACAGCCCCUCUUGUGCCAGACAUGGGGGCAGGAUCCCCAAAUUGUGCGGGCUGAAGUCCCACGAGUCCCCACAGCCCAGCCCCACAGACACUGGGCUCGCUGCUUCCACAGGACAGCGGCCCAGGGGAAAGCUGAGCGGCAGCAGGCUCCCGGCCUCCCUCUUCAGACUCCCCUCUGAAUUUUCCUUUUCACUUGAGCUCCCUUUAAACCUUUUUUCUCACCUACUAUGGCAGUGUGGUAGCCAGCGUUUGUUUUCCCCCGUUUCUCUGUGGGUGUCUGACAGACAGACACUCGGUGGUGUGCCGCGAGCGGCCGGUGACUCACUGCCAUCAGAGGUGUCAGGCCUGGCAGGAUUGACUCAACCUUCAUCCUUUGGCAGGAGGUUGGAAUAAAAUGCAAUUUCCAUGGCAUCUGAGGCAGCUUUUCAGACAUGACUACCAACGCAGCUUUGCGCACUUGACAUGUACAGGUUCUGUAAAGAUCCUGUGGCACUCCUGCUUUGCUUGCUCUGUUGGCUUGCUGUUUUGUCUCAUCGUUAUUUGCUAGACCAUUCAGCUGUCUCCAUGCUCCCCAAAUGCUGUGGUUCACUGCUCCCAGUCAUCCCACGACCAGGUAACUGCUGCCUUCCCCUUGCUGAAGGUAGAGCCCCUGAAACGCCGCCAUUAAACUUUCUGUCAAAUAGCUGCCUGGCUGCUAGGAAUAGCAAGAACGGCCCAGUUCCCAGAGAAAGAAAGAGGUGUCUGAGGGAAAACAUCACCUACCCACCUUCCCUCCUGUGGCCAGCCUCAUCUCAACGCAGUGUCCAACGCCAUCAGGACAAACUCCACACAAAACCUUCCACGCGGUACCUGCCUGUGCUGCACAGAGCACGCAAACGCAAGGAUUAGAAAGGGAUCGGGUGGCUGGCACCACAGAGGGCUCUGCUUCUCCCUGCUGAUAUCGUGGAGUCCAGACAAGUGACUCCGAUGGAGACAUCUGAAGUUGUACAAGUGGAAACCCACACCAGCACCUGGGAGGAUGCACGCAGCGCUUCCCUCCCAAACCUGAGUGCCUUGAAAAAAGCAAUUCCCCAAAGAGUUUGGUACUGCAGACCAGGAGCACAGCCAAAGCCACAGAGAUGUCCAAGGCCCUGGAGAGCAGCAACUCUAGGAGGUACCUACACACGUCCACGUACCACACAAUCUUGUCUCCAUCCAGUUUCCCACCUACUACAAGACACACACAAGGGCUCCAAGCCAUUGUAAAGGUUUUUCUGAAAUUACAUCACUGGGCACCUACAGCAUGCUCUCCCUCCACCAGCAGGACGGGCGAGGCGGCUCCUCGCAGAGCUGAGGCAGGAAGGCCAGCCAGCGGCAACUCCCUCACAGAGGGAGGCACCGCCAGGUGGUUUUGUAGCUACCAAAACCUGGACCCAUCAUGUCCGACAAACCAGAUUUUGCAGAAAUUGAAACAUUUGACAAGACCAAGCUGAAGAAGACAGAAACCAGAGAGAAAAAUCCAUUGCCCACUAAAGAAACUAUCGAACAAGAAAAGCAAAGUGAAAGCGCAUCCUGAGCGUCAAAUGGAUGAUGCGACUGCUGCUUCUUCAGUGGGGUUUGGGCUUCUGAGCUGGGUUGUUUUGUUUUGUCCCCCCUCCCCUCUGCCCUUCCCCCCAUGCUUGUUGUCCAUUUAAUUUAGCAAACACUCCCUCCUUUCAUGUUCCCUGGGAAGUCUGUUUUGUAUUUGUUGGACAAGAUACUUUGUGUUUGUGUUCUUAAAACUGUAAUUCAAAGUUCUGUACCACCCCCAUUACUUGCCAAAAAAAAUCCGCAUAAAAAAAAUGUUUUCCUAAGCCUCACAAUAAACAGGUUUCUUCUGA